AUGGCGCCGAAAUCUUUGACUCCCACGCAAAAUUCCUGCGACGGCAAUGGAAGCAGGACAAUGUCUCCGAAAUCGACAGAGACAACGCCGCUUCUCGCUCGCAGAAGCCUCGACGAACCUGCGCCAAAUGUCGAUGCCUCAUCACCGACGCUGCAAGAUGGAUCUGCUGCUGCUGCUGCUGCUGCGAGCAAAGCCUCGCAUACAAGCCGAGAAGCACUGCCCAAGUUCCAGAUUCUGCUGCUCUGCUUUGCUCGCACCAUGGAACCCAUUGCCUUCUUUGCCAUUUUUCCCUUCAUAGCGCAAAUGGUGCAGCGCAACGGCCAUCUAGCCGAUUCAGACGUUGGCUUCUACAGCGGCCUCAUCGAGUCGCUCUUCUCCGUUGUGCAAAUCUUUGUGCUGAUUCUCUGGGGCCGUCUUGCCGAUCGCAUCGGCCGCAAGCCCGUCAUGAUAAUCACUCUGACGGGCAUGAUUGUCUCGACAAUGGCGUAUACCAUGGCCACUACGAUUCCGCAAAUGAUUCUGUUUCGCUGCCUGGCGGGCGUCUUUUCCGGCUCGAGACUGGUGAUGCGGACGAUGCUGUUUGAGCACUGCACGCCCGAGAAUGAGGCCAUGGCGUAUAGCUGGUUCUCCUUUGCCAACAACAUUGGCACCACUCUCGGUCCCCUCAUCGGCGGUGUGCUGGCCGACCCUGUGGCUCAAUACCCAAAGGUAUUUAAAGGAAUUGCCUUCUUUGAGACGUUUCCCUACGCUCUCGUGGGCUUGGUUCUUACCGGUGCAGGCGUCGCUGGUAUCGUCACCACCAGUCUCUUUCUCGAAGAGACUCUCAAAUCAGAUAAAGAAAUGGCCUCUUCUACUGGUGAUAACCAAGCCGGUGCCCGUCAAGCAUUCUCCAUGCGAGAGCUUCUCCUGGCUCCCAAAGUUGCCAUUACCAUCUGGGUAUACACACACUUUAUGCUUCUAGCCUUUGCAGUCACCGCCAUUAUGCCAGUAUUUUUAUUCACCCCCAUCAGAAUCGGCGGUACUGGCUUUAACUCUUCCCAAAUAUCUGCCUUUAUGGCCGUUCAAGGAGCUAGUCAGGCUUUCUGGCUCAUCCUCGCAUUUCCCAUCCUACAGCGUCGCUGCGGCACCAAAAACCUACUCAAAGUGUGCGCAACUGCCUACUCAUUCUUUUUCGGUGGCAUCAUCCUCCUCAAUACCAUUCUCCGAAUCGGCGCUGGGUCUACCACGGCGUGGGCAUGGACCGUCGGCUGUUUUCUCGCCGUCAUGGGACCUGGCGUGUCCAUGGGCAUGACCAGUGCGCAGCUGGCCAUCAACGACGCUUCCCCAAGCCGCCAUGUCAUGGCGACCAUGAAUGGCCUUUCCAUGACGAGCGCCGGUGUCGCCAGAGCGAUUGUCCCUGGUGUUUCUACAGUCAUUUUUGCGUUGGGUGUCAGGAAUCAAAUACUAUGGGGCCAUCUUGCAUGGGUUCUUCUCAUUCCCUUGGCUAUUGCCUUGAGGAUUUGUGUCAAUUAUAUCCCCGGCAGCAGGAGAGACCAUCGAGAUGAAUGA